UGAUUGCCCGUCAAAAAGCAGCGAAUCCAUCUGGGGGUCAGCAGAAGCAAAAAGAACCGCUGCAUCUUAAAGACAAAACCAGGCGCUGAUAUUUGCUCAGUUUGGGAGAAACAGGGAGAGCGAAAGACCCGUUGGAUUUACUACUGAGAGUCAGUUUUUAUUUUCCCUGACUCAAAUAAGCUUUUUGUCAGCGUGACAGUUAACUUUAAACAAGAUUUGCACUGGAUUUCUUUUUUUUCUUUUUUAGCGCAGUGUGACGAGAUUUUUGGAACUUUUAAGUUAGUAGGACUUUACUAACGUCAUCACGCGAACGUUUCCAUCUGCUUGUUGGAUUCCACUUCUGUAUGAUGUGGCUUGUCUGUGUUUCUAUUGGUUUCAUGGCUGGUCUGUGCACCGGCUCGACACAAAGCCCUUGGGAAGAGAGUACCGUAGUGCCUGUCAGGCUUGACCCAACAGUCCGGCUGGCGAGUGACACCCAACCGAAGCGAACCUACUCCCCUGAAGAAAAGCAGAAAGUGUCGGAGAUGAGAGUGUACAGGCUGGACGCGUUUGGUCAAGCGAUUAUCUUGCAGCUGGAGCCGGAUCAGACGUUCCUGUCCCCGGGAUUCGUCUUCCACAUUGUGGGGACUCCCGAAUCCGAGCUGAGUCAGGAACCCAAGCGCGCAGACGCGCACGGUUGUUUCUUCUCGGGCACGGUGAACGGAGAAGAGCACUCCGCUGCUGCGUUAAACCUGUGCCAGGGACUGAGUGGUGGAUUUUACUUUCAAGGGCAAGAGUAUUUCAUCAAACCUCUCAACACAAGUGACUUUGUAAAUGAUGAGGAAAAGGACGAGGAAGUCCACCUCAUCCGCCGGAGGGCUCGGGCAGAGGCGGGUGAGAGCAGCUCCAAAUGUGGGGUCAAUGAGGACGAGGAUCGAGUGCCAACAAAUCUGGAGAAAGAGCCUGAACGUGAAGCCGUCAAGAAAGACCAAACAGGCCACCACAGGAGCAAGCGUUUUGUUUCCACUCCUCGCUAUCUGGAGAUUAUGCUGGUGGCUGACCAGUCCAUGGCCGAAUUCCACGGUGCCGGGCUCAAGGCUUACCUCCUCACCAUCAUGGCGGUGGCAUCUCGUCUGUAUCGCCACCCGAGCAUCCACAACUCCAUCAGCCUAGCUGUGGUGAAGCUGCUGGUGGUUUACGAAGAAGAGCGAGGCCCUCAAGUGUCGUCCAAUGCUGCAAUGACCCUCCGCAACUUCUGCCAGUGGCAGCGGCAGCACAACCCCCUCAGUGACCGCCACCCUGAGCACUAUGACACAGCUAUGCUCUUCACCAGAACGGACCUGUGUGGUGCCCAUUCCUGUGACACUCUUGGAAUGGCUGACGUCGGUACGGUGUGUGACCCAGACAGAAGCUGCUCAAUUAUCGAAGAUGACGGACUCCAAGCUGCAUUCACCGUGGCACAUGAACUAGGCCAUGUCUUCAACAUGCCUCACGAUGAUGCCCAGCUAUGCUCUGGGGUGAACGAUCCCCACUGGGGCUCCCACAUGAUGGCCUCCACCCUGUCCAAUCUUGACCAGCAGCAGCCAUGGUCCGCCUGUUCCGCACUCAUGGUCACCACUUUUCUCGACAAUGGCUACGGUCAAUGUCUGCUUGAUAAACCAGUCAAGUCUCAAGCGCUCCCUCAGCCCCUCCCCGGGACAGUCUACGAUGCAGACCAUCAGUGUCGGCUGACUUUCGGCGACGACUCCCAACAUUGCCCUGACCUGAGCACUACUUGUGCAGCUCUGUGGUGCACCGUUACAACAACCAACGGUUUGCUGGUUUGCCAGACCAAGAACUCCCCAUGGGCCGAUGGAACGUCCUGUGGGCACGACAGCUACUGCCUGGCAGGGCAGUGUCUCACAAAGUCUCAAGCUUCCAAACAUCAGAUUCCUGUCAACGGUGGCUGGGGCGUGUGGGGUCCCUGGGGUGACUGCUCUCGGACAUGCGGGGGAGGGGUGCAGUACUCCUUCCGUUCAUGUGAUAACCCUUUGCCAAAGAAUGGAGGCAAGUACUGUGAGGGCAAGAGGAUCCAGUACCGCUCUUGUAACACAGACCUCUGCCCUGACACCAAUGGCUUGUCAUUUCGGGAGGAGCAGUGUCUGGCUCACAAUGACAUGUCAGCCCAAAUGUCUCUUGGAUCAGGCGAGGGUGUUGAAUGGGUGCCCAAAUAUGCCGGUGUUUCACCCAAAGACCGCUGCAAGCUUGUGUGCAGGGCCAAAGGAACAGGAUACUUCUUUGUCCUCAAAUCCAAGGUGGCGGAUGGAACACCCUGCAGCCCCGAUUCCACCUCAAUUUGCGUUCAAGGCCAAUGUGUCAAGGCUGGAUGUGAUCGUGUUAUUGGCUCCAACCAGCGCUACGAUAAAUGUGGAGUAUGCGGAGGGGAUGGCUCUACCUGCAAAAAAGUAUCAGGCUCAAUGGAGCGUGCCAGGCCUGGGUACCAAGACGUGGUGACAAUCCCAGCAGGCGCCACCCAUCUUGACAUCAAACAGCGUGCCCCUGGUAACGGUCGUCAUGACAACAGUUACUUGGCAAUGCGCCGACAGGAUGGUACCUACCUGUUGAAUGGUGAUUAUAAGCUAAUGACCAUGGAGACGGACAUCACUCUGCGAGGGGCGCUACUACGCUACAGUGGUUCUUCUGCCAGUCUCGAGCGGAUCCGCAGCUUUUCCCCCCUCCCCGAGCCUCUCACUAUUCAGGUGUUGUCUGUGGGAGAAGCCCCAAGGCCCAGAGUGAAGUACAGCUACUUUGCCCCCAGACCCAAUAACGCUGCUUCUUCCAACAACGGAGGUCGUCGGCAUUCCAUCAAUGCUAUCCGAGAGUUGGGUGUUGCUGAGUGGGCUCUAAUGGAGUGGGGUCCCUGCUCCCAGACUUGCGGAGGUGGCAUGCAACAGAGAGAGGUGGUGUGUCUGGAUCCCCAGGGCCGUCCAUCCAAGGAUUGUCCAGAAGAAUUGCGGCCUUUGGCCUCACGAUCCUGUGCCUCUCAGCCUUGCCCCUCUUGGCUUCUCGGAGAAUGGUCCGCAUGCUCAAAAACCUGUGGCAGAGGUUUCCGAAAACGCCAGCUCCGAUGCAUUGGCUAUGAUGGCCUCACACUGACCCAUGACAACUGUGACUCCAAAAACCGCCCGCGACCCCUCCUGGAGCUGUGUUAUCAAGGUGCCUGCUAAGGACUGCUUUGACAAUCUGACCUCCUUUUUUUUUUUUUUUUGUUCUUUCACUCCCCAUGUCAGAGACUGCAUCAAUACAUUACACAAUGUCGGAAAGCACACUGACUGUGUCAAACACUUGGAGCAACAAAGUCUGCCACCUGUCUUUGGAGUGAGGCAGUGGCAUCUCAGCAAGCAUCAUGGACAUUAAUGAGUUUGAGCACGCUGUUUACAAUUGCAAUAGUAUGCUUGCGUGUGAAAGUAUGUAAAGAUUUGAAACAUAUAUGUUGUUUGUCCAAGCUGGGCUGGACAGAUUUUAAUGCUCGUGGAGAUUUUAUACAAUUUUAUAUACAAAAAUUAGCUCAUAUUCUACUUAGUCACCCCAUCAGGUAUGGAAAUUGAGAUUUAUUCUGAACGAUCAGUCAGCAUUUAUUUAUCACAAACCUGUAGCACUUCACUUUUGUUUUUACCAGUGGCACAUUGUUACACUCAUUUUCUCUCUAUGAAUACCUUUUGUUUUGUCAUUUCGCCAUAUGUUGAAAACCAAAGAAUUUGUGAGCGCUCGUAAGUGUGUGCGUAUGAGUGUGCUUUUUGUGUACGUGGAGACUUAACGAGGGACUUGUCUCCUGCUACUACUUCAUAAGUAAGUCUCUCCUGCCUUCUGCGAAGGCAUCUUGUUUAAGCAGUUUUUCCUCUUUUGUACAAAAUAUCCAAACAUUAUUUAUUUUUGUACAGCCUGUUAAAUAUAAUCAUGUGGCCAUUUUGAUAUUAUUUUUAUUUGUUAAUGAGAUCACAGAAGGAAGUAUAGACUAUAAAGAGUAUUUAUGCAAUGUUUUAUAUAUGUAUAUAUAUAUUUGUUUCUUGGUUUAUGAAUAAAAUAUUGACUCUGGAGAA